AUGGAAGCCUUUCUUGAAGCCCUUCAACAUCUCCCGCCAGAUCAUUUCGUGAAGAGCGAGGCAUUUACUAAAACGGUCCACCGCGACGAAUAUGGGUCCAUUAAUCCAGUAUCACCGGCUUUAUCACAGGAUGGCAAGGUGAUCGUCAUCACGGGUGCCAGCCAAGGCAUUGGAAAAAGGGGUCUAGCAAAGCAAUUUGCUCGUGCAAAACCCAGGGCCAUAGUUCUCGCCGCUCGCGACGUCGCAAAACUCGCAGAGACAGCUGAGUAUAUCCGCGCCAUCGAGCCCAGCGUCCAAUUGCUCUCUGUGGCCACAGAUGUGACGAGCGAAGUCUCAGUGAAGACUCUAUUUGACAAGGUGGAGGACGCGUUCGGUCAUGCCGAUGUGCUCGUAAACAACGCGGGCGUGAGCCUUGGCUACACUAAAGUAGAUGGCAUGGAAUUGGACCUGUGGUGGCAGAACUUUGAAGUCAACGUCAAGGGCGUCCUCCUCACCACGAAGUACUUUCUUCGUCUCCUUGGUACCGCACCCGGCACAAUCAUCAACAUAUCGUCGUCAGCUGCGUGGAAUAUCGAGGAAGAGGGGGCAGCAUACUGCACCUCCAAAUUGGCAACUGUGAAGCUGGGACAGCAGAUGGCUGCCCGGCCCAAUGUAGUGACUGUUGCUUUGCACCCAGGGAUGGUGGAGACAGAUAUGUCGCCGAGCUUCAUGUUGAAAUUUCAUGAAGACACGCCAGAGCUGCCCGGCGGUAUGGCGGUUUGGUUGACUACUGACGGGGCCAGAUUUCUGAGUGGUAGGUACGUGAGUGCAAACUGGUCUGUAGACGAACUUGUUGAGCGGAAGGAGGAGAUUGUGAACGGAGACCUAUUGAAAGUAGCACUGACAGGCAAGGUUGGACGGGACCAGUGGAAAUAG